CAAUACAUCAUAUUCCUAAAAAUAGAGAGAUGGUUUGUGAGGAUAAAAGAUGGUUGGUUUUGCAAUAUAUUAUCUUGGCUGCAUGGUGCAUGCAACAUUGUGUCCAUGGAAUAGUAACUCCUCCUCCUCCUCCUCCUUCUCAAGUGCCUUGUCUUUUUAUAUUUGGUGAUUCUUUGUCUUCCGAUGGAAACAACAACGAUCUUCCAACUUCUGCAAAAGCUAAUUACGUUCCAUAUGGCAUUGACUUUCCAGCUGGUCCAACUGGAAGAUUUACAAAUGGAUUUACAACCAUUGACGUCAUUGCACAACUACUUGGAUUUGAGAAUCUGAUUCCACCAUUUGCAAACCUUAGUGGGUCAGACAUACUUAAAGGGGUUAACUAUGCAUCUGGUUCAGCUGGAAUUCUUGAAGAGAGCGGCAAAAAUUUGGGUGCAAAUAUCCCGUUGGGAGAACAGUUAAUAAAUCAUGGAAUCAUAAUUUCUCGAAUUGCUACGAAGCUUGGAGGUAUCCCACAAACCAUACAAUAUCUAAAUAAGUGCUUGUAUUAUGUGAAUAUAGGAAGCAACGAUUACAUAAACAAUUAUUUCCUUCCCCAAUCCUCAACAAGUUAUACCUUUAGUCCCCCGCAGUAUGCUCAAUAUCUUGUUAACCACUUAUCCCGAUAUCUGCAGGAUUUGCAUAGUGUUGGGGCAAAAAAAUUCGUCGUAGUUGGAUUGGGCCUAAUAGGUUGCACUCCACAUGCCAUCACUACUCGCGGCAAAAAUGGUUCUUGUGCUGAAGAUGAGAAUAUUGAUGCAUUAAUGUUUAGUCACAAGCUUAGAGAUCUCGUCGUUCAAAACAAUAACCUUUAUCAUGAUUCCAAAUACAUCUUUAUAAAUAGUACUGCUGGCACCGUUGAUAAUUCACUCGGUUUUACCGAUUUGAAUACUCCUUGUUGUCCAGUGGGAUCAGAUGGGAUGUGUAUUCCUGGAUCAACACCAUGCUCUAAUAGAAAUGACCACGUUUUUUAUGAUGGAUUUCAUCCUACAACAGCUUUAAACGUGAUCACUGGAUCAGUUUCAUACAAUAGUACUCUUAGUCCAGGAAUGACUUAUCCAAUAGAUAUCCAACAACUUGCACAACUUGUCAUAUGACGUCCUCAAUUAAUCUCACUUUCUUGAAUUGCAUCAAAUAAAUGUUUUUAUUUACUCAAAUAAAAAUAAAAAUCCUAAAUACUGUGUUAGUGAUUGAGUUUGACUCUUAGGGUUAUUAAUUUCUCUA